AUAUUCUCAGCUUAAAGUCUCGGUCACACUGGCUACUACGGAGAAAUAAGUUGAAGCGUUUAUCUGAAAUCGCCCACUGUGCGGUAACUGUGGACCAUGAACACCGCGGGAGCCAGCAGUCAACCGCCGCCCACUAAAAAUGAGUUAUUCCCGGAGGAAUACCUCAUCCACGUGCAUAUGCCGAACAAGAGCUUUAAGGCAGUUCGGUUUAACGUCAAGGAGACCGUUUUUCAUGUGAUCCGGCGUACUGUCGAAGAUCUGGGCACCGAUGGGCGAACGCCCAGCAUCCAGCGAUAUGCCUGCCGCAUGCUCAACAUGAUCACUAAGGAGGUGAUCUGGCUGGCGAGAAGCACAUCAAUGCAGAAGGUCCUCACGCACAUCCUGACGCCCGGUUGCUCGAAUGUCGACUGCCCAAACAACAAGGCGGAAUUUGAUGAGGCUCUCCUUGAGCACGGCCGAAGGAUCACCGACAACAGGGUGUGGCGAGUGGAGCUGCGGGUGCGAUACGUCCCCAACAGUAUUCAAGAACUUUUCGAAGAGGACAAAGCCACCUGUUUCUACUACUUUAACCAGGUGAAGGAAGACUUUAUUCAAGCCAAUGUCCCCUCCAUCGACACCGAUGUAGCUGUGCAGUUGUGCUGUCUGGGCAUUCGUCAUUAUUUUAAGAAUAUUACCGUGAAAGCCCCUGAUAAGAAACAGCACAUUGACUACAUCGAAAAGGAAAUCGGAUUCAAAAGUUUUCUUCCACAAUCUGUGAUAGCCACAUCAAAGCCAAAGAAUCUUAAGAAAAUGAUCCAAGUCGGUUACAAAAAGGUCUACAAUUACAACGACAUUGAGUACCUGACACGGUUCUUCGAUCUUUUGAAAAAUAUUUAUUUAACAAACUUUGAACAGUUCUCGGUAACCUUGAGCUCGGCAUGGAAUAUCUCUGGAAUUCUACACGUCGGUCCUCACUUUGGAAUCUCUUACCAGACUCAUCCUCAGGACAGCUUAAAGAACGUAGCUCAGUUUAAGGAUGUUGUUUCCAUUAAAACCUGCACUCUACCAAAGGAAAAACUGCCCAAAUCUAACGAAAAUACCACAGAAUCAGAGUUACAAAACUUUAAUUGCAAUUGCCAGAAAAUCAAGACCCAAAUUAAAAUAUCAGCGUCCAACAAUGUAGAAGAUUUGGUCUUAACAUGCAAUGGAAUUAAUACUGCUGAGAGUAUUGCCGACCUCAUUGACGGUUAUUGCAGGCUGCUAUCAAAAGACCUAGAGUUCACGAUUUGGCAACGGGAGACAAUCGCUUCGAGCGAUGAUACCGCGAAGGCAUUGCCCAAUGACGCAACGCUAGGGUCCAAUAAAUCGAGCUCGAGUCAGGGAAAACCGAUGUUGACAGAUGAUUACGCCGAGAUUGGAUUAAUGGAGGGCGAGGGCGAUUACUCUACGCCCACCGUUCGAAACUAUGAACUGGACCGCGCCCACAUUACCGCGAGUGCUAAGAUUGGAGUGGGGCAGUUUGGAGAUGUUUAUGUGGGCACAUAUACUCUUCCGAAACUGGGCAAAGGAAAGGGCUCACUAGGGAAUGGCAAAGACAGCAAUAGCGACCAAAGAAACGCCGAUGCAAGGCCAGAAGUCAUUCAAGUGGCGAUAAAGACAUGCAAAGCUAACGAUGAUCCCGAAAAGACCGAAAACUUUCUGGCCGAAGCUUAUAUUAUGCAGAAAUUUGACCAUCCCCACAUUAUUCGCUUGAUUGGCAUUUGCAGCGUUAUGCCGAUAUGGAUAGUUAUGGAGUUGGCCAAACUCGGUGAACUGCGGGCAUAUUUAAAGACAAACAGCGAAAGAUUAAGUCACGGUACGCUAUUGAAGUACUGUUACCAGCUAUCUACUGCACUCAGCUAUUUGGAGUCUAAGAAGUUCGUACACCGAGAUAUUGCUGCACGUAAUGUGCUUGUCAGCUCUCCGACGUGUGUUAAGUUGGCUGAUUUUGGAUUGUCCCGCUGGGUUUCCGACCAAUCGUAUUAUCAUUCAACUCCCACUGUUGCCCUUCCUAUUAAAUGGAUGUCCCCUGAGUCCAUCAACUUUAGAAGAUUCACCACAGCCAGUGAUGUAUGGAUGUUUGGUGUCUGCAUUUGGGAAAUACUUAUGCUUGGCGUAAAGCCUUUCCAAGGUGUGAAGAACAGCGAUGUCAUCUUAAAGCUGGAAAACGGGGAGAGACUGCCAUUGCCUCCAAACUGCCCGCCCCGACUUUAUUCCCUGAUGUCUCAAUGCUGGGCAUAUGAACCUCUAAAAAGACCGAAUUUUAAGCGGAUCAAGGAAACUCUGCAUGAAAUUCUUAUUGAAGACAGCAUUAAUUCAUCGGAGACUCUGAAGCGGGAGCAACGAAAAGUGGCAUCCAUGUCUUGGGUUGGCAGUGACGAGAUCGACAUUCCGCCAUCGAAACCUUCAAGGGCGAUGCAUGAUCCUGACCUUGCAGGCUUGAUGCCUGAAACAACGGGCCUACCUCAGACCUACAUAAUUGCACAAAAUCCCGCGGUGCUGGCCAAGCUAAUGAUGGAGAACCAAAAACGAGGCAUUAAUCCAGCGGCAUACACCACGCCAGCUUCGGUAUUUAAUACUCUAGCCGUAGGCUUAGAUGACAGCAAAUCAAAUGUUUCGCUUAAGACUACCAAGCUUCCGGCAGCAGAUUUGUUAAAACUUGACCCAAUCGCAGAGUCCGAAAGACUAAAAUCCCAAUUUUCUACUAACAGCAGUGCUACUCAAAUGGCUAACCCCUUAAGCUCUCUAGCUAAUCCCCUUGAACCCCACAAUCCACACCAGGCAGGAAUGUUUACGGGUAGUCUGCCCUCGAAGAGUAGUUUUGUCGUUUGUCCCCCCCAAACAGAGGAGCACAUGCAGGGCGAAAACCUUUCCAACCCGUCAGUGUCAAAGGUGGCCGGAUAUAGCCUAUAUGGCAGCCUGGAGAGACAUCAGCCGCCACCAGCAAAGGCCAUGCAUUCGAAAGGUGGCAGCUUGGAGCGCCACCAGUCACUGAUGUCAGCCCAAAACCUGGUUUUCUACAAUAUGAAGCCACCAUACUGCACCAAUACAGCAGAGCGAUCGAGGAGCAUGGAACGAAACACAUAUUUCCACGCGUACCGCCAGCAGAUGAAAACCUCUAUUGAAUGCGAAGCUCUGCCCGAGGAAAUUUAUGAUUUCGGAGGAGCCGGACUCAAGACCUGUGUCUCCGCCAAGCAGCAGUCCAAAUUUAACCCGAUGGUUAAUAUGUGUCCCGCUGAGUUUGUCCAAGUAAAAAGCACAGAAUGCAUAAAUAUGCAGCAAAAUAUUGGCCCAAAUGCACCUACUGGGCAAAAUAUACCAAUGGGUCAAAAUAUACCUGUUGGAACCGACUCCUUUGGAGUAAUAUCCCCAAACAACUUGGACGAAGGUCUCCGAAAUCAAAGGGAAUGGGAGCGACAGUGGAUGGUUUCUGGGUCACAGAACAUAUCAGUCGGACCCAACAUUUCCGAAGGAGCUGCUUGCAUGGCCACCUUGCAAGCCGAAGCUAUGGGAAAUCAGGCCAUUCACAAUGUUUUGGGCGACAAACUACGACAGCAGCAAAAGGAUAGCAACAGCGAUAGCGAAUGGUUAAUCCAAGAGGAAUUGCUGCGUCAAAGGUCCAGCUCGAUACCCCAAGGAUCUAUUCACGAUCACCAGCCACAUAUGUUUAAGCUUGACUUUAUGUCAGCUGGACCUUCUAGUUUGCCAGAUUGCUCGAAUUCCAGCUCUCGACCCAUGACACCAAAUGCAAACCUCGUUUCGCUGAAGUCAAACAACUCCUCGGCGGAUCACUUGUCUGGCUUGACAUCUGGUGAAGAUCACGUGGGCUCAAAUACCCGAAACUUCGGAGGUGCGGUUUCCAGUCGACCACUGAACCGAGCAGAUGACGAAGUUUAUUGCGCCACCACACUGGUGGUCAAAUCAAUAAUGGUGCUGUCACAAGGUGUGGAGAAAGCCAAUACCGAAGGUUAUUUGGAGCUGGUCAAGAACGUGGGCGUCAAGCUGCGAAACCUGCUUACUUCGGUGGACAAAAUAUCCGUGCUUUUCCCAGCACAGGCCCUCAAGGAAGUGCAAAUGGCACAUCAAGUACUUUCCAAAGACAUGCAUGAACUGGUCUCAGCGAUGCGAUUGGCUCAGCAAUACAGCGACACCACUUUGGAUUGUGAAUAUCGCAAGAGUAUGCUAUCUGCGGCCCACGUACUAGCGAUGGAUGCCAAAAACCUGUUCGACGUCGUCGAUUCGAUUCGACAACGCUAUCAGCACCUAUUCCCGCCGCCCGCCACAAAGGAACCCAGCAGUUCGUCCGGCUUUGAGUCAACUUCGGUGUCGAUUGUCACAGAGCCAAAUACUGAGCUUGGUGGCUAUCUCAAGACAAGCACAUCGGGAGAUAUGCUUCAAGCCACAGGGAUUUAUGAUAAUGAUUUGCACCACAGUUUCAGUUCACAAUUGCAGUUGCAAAAUCCGCCCUCCAGCAUGGAGUUAAGCGGCGGGGGAAGUUUACAGAGGGGAAUGAGCAUUGGCUUGGACCCCAACAGGUCGACCAAUGAACCCUUGCGCAUUGUCGAGGAGACUUUGGGCAGUCCGGGUGAACAUAUGUACUGUAAUACGUCCGCCUUGCACGGCCAUGCGUAAUUUUGAAUGCUUGAGUGUUUUGUGUCUGCGCAGAUAGAUAUUAACUUUAUGACCUAACUGUACAUAAUUAAAAUAUAUAUAUAUAUAUCAAAAUAUGUAUAUCAGUCGAACUAUUCAGCGAAUAAUUCGCUUAUCUACGUACUAAAUAUAUGUAGCCUUGAAUAUACUUACUCACUAAAGAUUGACGAGACUUCAACUCGGCCGGCCGCAUUCUCACAUCGUCAUUUAGUCAAAAUAAUUUAAGAAUCAAAGACACGUUUUUGAAUGAAGAUGGCUAGUAAUAAUAUUUAUAGAUAAUCUACCCGAUCUAAUACAACUAAAAAUUAAUUUCAUCAUAAUUUUGGGUUUGUUUAAGACAUUUAUAUUGUGAUUUUUAGUUUACCAUAAUAAGCUUUACUCGAAGCGAAUUAUUUUGGUGCAAGGUUCAAUCACAAAAAAUAAAAGAAAUUACUAAACAAA